UAGUGUCAAUCAAAUACAGAGUAAACAAUAAAAUGAUAGUGAGACAAAACCACCAGAUCUCCGUUCCACCAAAAAUUUCAAACCAAAACCCCAAAAAUGUUCACGAACGACAAACGGCAAGAAGAGCGAACUGGCAAAUACGGCACACCGAGGCAGCAACACCUCCAACAACUCAUCACCCAAUUCCAAACCCCCACAAACUCCGAAGAAUCCAAAGAAAAAAUCGUCGCAAAUGUAGCAAAUUUCGCAUACGACCCUUACAAUUACGCCAUUUUAAGGGACCUCAACGUUUUGGAGCUUUUCAUUGACUGCUUGACUGAGCCAAACGAGCGUCUCAUCGAGUUCGCCGCCGGUGGAAUCUGCAACGCCGUCGCUGACCCACAAAACGCUAAGAUUGUUUGUGAUUGCGGCGGCGUUGAGGCGUUGAUUGGGUGUCUUUCGAGUCCGGUGAGGAAUACGGUUAAGUAUGCGAUUGCGGGGUUGUAUUACUUGGUGGAGAGUGGGGGGAGUGAGGUGAGAGAAAGCUUAUUGGGGAAGGAAGAUGUUGUGGAGUUGAUUAAGAAGUUUUGUGAGGUUGAUGGGUUUGGUAAUCUUGCUAAGGCUUUGUUGGAGAAGGUUUCGCAAACCUGAAUUUGAAUUCGGAUUCUGAGGUUACUUCUGUGUUUACUACUCAAAGCUGUUAUUUCCAAGUUAGCUAUAGGCUUUAGAAUUUAGCAUGGAUGCUCCUGCAUUUGCUCGGCAAGUUAUAAGACCGCCUUAUGUUGCUGGUUUUGUUCCUCAAAGGGGAACUGAAUACCAACCUCCUAUGAUGAACAAGCUGGUAACUAAUAAUACACCCUCAAACGCGCAGAGUUCUGCAAUUACACGCAUUGCUGAUGUCAAUUUGGUGUACAAGAAAGGAAUUUGCAGGAACCUUUAUUUUGCUGGUAGAUGCAACUAUGGGGACUUGUGCAUUUUUUUUCUUUUUGCUCAUGUGCCUGCAAAAUGAGGGACUCUAGAAUGAUGAAUGAGAACACCUCUGGGCUCUGGGAGAAGAAUCUGCAAGGAGAUGUGCCCUUAUGGUAAACAAUGUACUUUUCUGCAUAAACAGUCACUACUACUAGUGAAAGAGAUUAAUCCAGAGAGUUCGGCCGAAGACCAUAAUCAAGUUCGGUACUUCUUUAGGUGUAUGGUGUAUCUGCAACUUACAUGGGCAACCUGACAAGUCAACUAUGCUUAGAGAUGAAGAUCCUCUGCGUCGAUGAAUUUUCUAACACGUCGGUAUUCCUAGACCUGUUUGACGACACAGCUAUGCCUUAUGGUGAUGUUAUGAUUCUAAAUUAGUUCACUGGAAAUGUGAUUUCUCAAAAUGCAACAGAAUCCAUAUUGCCCAUACACCUUUCAACUGAUGCUGCUUCAGAAAGCUAUGUGAAUUAAUGGAGGUAAAUGCAGGGUGUGAUUUCAACUUUGCCUGGUCAGAUAUCAACCAGGUGGAGUUCUAUUUAGUCAUUAAUAUUUCUCAUCCUACUAUGACAAAGGUGUCAGAAUAGAUGUCAGUUUAUUUGCCCGAGUCCAUAAGUUCCGCGUCAAAGCAGAUGGACAGCACUGGAUGAUUAACUCGUCCUGAAUAGGUUGAGAUAGAUUGAAGGAGUCUGAAUGCUGAAAACAAUAACUGAAAUUCGAAAUAUGGGAGGACCUUCUCUAACCAGGCUGAGCUAAUGCAUGAUUUAAUGUACUAUGAAGCAGCACCAAAAGGCAACAAGACCAUCCAAAUAUUUCUGUACAGUUCAGAAUACCAAAUCAAAAUGACAAAAACAACUAGAAAUUUUGUUGAGGUUUAGUUAUGAUUUUCCGAAUUUAGUUAAGAAUAUCUGAGUUUUAGUUAAGAUGUUAUUAGUUUUAGUUACAAUUAAAUUUCCAAGGAGUAGUUAAGAUUUUCUGAA